AUGCGGGGCACUGAGCUGCUGCUCGGAUACUUUCUGGUGAAAGUUAUGGUGUGCAACGCGGAGGGAGAACCGGGUCACACCGUGGACGACUUCAUGCUGGUGACCGGCUUUAACGACUCGAAGGAAAGGGAGGUGACGGAGAGUCCGCACACGGAGGACAAGUGCCGCGGCUACUACGACGUGAUGGGCCAGUGGGACCCGCCGUUCGUGUGCCAGACCGGCAACUACCUGUACUGCUGCGGCACCUGUGGCUUUAGGUUCUGCUGCGCGUUCAAAAGCUCCCGGCUGGACCAGACCACCUGCAAGAACUACGACACCCCGCCGUGGAUGAUGACCGGAAGACCCCCGCCAAAAGUGGACGUGGCGCUGGAGUCCGCGAAGGAUAAAACCAAUCUCAUUGUGUAUGUCAUCUGCGGGGUCGUUGCCAUACUAGCACUGAUAGGAAUUUUCACCAAGCUAGGUUUGGAGAAGUCGCACCGUCCGCACAGAGAAAAUAUGUCAAGAGCUCUUGCACAUGUUAUCCGCCAUCCUGCCUCAGAACAUACGGACGAAAUCGGACUUGGCCAGCACUACGAGAACAUACAGACCAGAGUCACACUUAACAGUCUACGUAAAAACCAGAUGAAUAACGCGGCUCACGCAGCGACAUUGAUAACGCAGCUUUACCCGGCCGUGGGUCCCAUCACCAGCCCGUACGACCCGCAGCAGCCCGUACAGGAUCUCAACACGUACGCCACGCUCAAGGCUGUGGCAGAGAAAGCGAAUGACAGCUUCUACGGCAACCGGCGGCAAGUGAUGGAGAUGACAACCAAGGGCAGCCUUCCCAUGGAAGCUGUGGAUAUGGAGCCAGAGCCGAGCAAUCCUUACAGCCCACCCAGACAGAUGUCUUCAAAGCAGAACGGACACAAGUACAAAAGCCCCCGGAGCCACAGCUCACAGUGGCUGGCCUACGGCUCCAGCACUGCCGCCAGCCCGGGGCUGCUGACGUCCUGGGAGAGCGGGGACAUGCUGGGACUGCGACAGAGCUACGGAUCAAAGAAACUCUGCAUCAUAGAGAAGGAGCUGCACACAACUCGCUACAUGCCUCCGCAGCCAUACUUUGUCACCAACAGCAAGACAGAAGUGACUGUAUAAGGGGGUGUGUAAGCACCGGGCUGAACCUCAGUCUGUAUUUAGGAAAGGCAGAAGCUGCGGACUGUGGGUGGGGUUGUUAGAGAGCAGCAAGGCCUGGAGUAUGUGUGGUGGUGCAUGUGAUGGGCAGAAUUAAAGACGCCACCUCAAAUGUGAAGUGUACUGUCACAGGACUUGGUCCCAAUCACUGUUCCUCAUUAGGCUCAGUGUUGAAAGUGUAGUUGUUGAUUCUCAUAUAAUCCAACUGUUUAAAAUAACACAAAAGGUACUCAUAAGAUAUGCCACACAUGCAGUACAGCCAGUAUAUACCAAGACAUAUUAUAUCAUUUCUAUUAAAUCAACAUUGUCGGAAUGACAAAACCUUAAUUAUUUAUCUAAUUGAGGUUAAAAGGCCUUUGGUUAAUUGGGUAUUGAUGAAAAUCUUCACUGGACAAUUUAUAGAUAGUGUAUGGCGCUGAUUCCCUGCUCGGGGUUGGGUCAAGGUGAUGCAUUUGAAGCAAUUUUGCCCAAAAAAUUCUUUCUACUUUGUCAAUGUAUUUAUUUUUGGGAAACAAACGAUAUUGUGUUCAGUACACACAAGUUAAUUAGAAAGAACAGUUACAGGGGAACUUUAACAACACAACUUGUGUUAAAUUGAUUAUCAGCAUGAAUUCCGAUAUGACUGUUAAGACUAAUGUCGCCUUGCUAAAAACAGACCUUGAUCUGAUUUAGGUCACAUAUGCACCCAAGAGAUAUUCGGAUAUGGGCCACACUUUGACAACAGUUUAAGUGUAGAGAGCCUAUGCUAAAUAAUCCAAACCAUUAUUUGUUUUAUAUGGUAUGUGAAGCAUAACUGAGUUGGUGAGUCAUGAGUAUAUAGUAACUUACCUGAGUUCAUUUAAGAAAAGCAGGAUUCUCUCAUUUAGGUUUCUUUCUUAAAUGUGUUGUGCAACAUCCAUUUGGAAAAGAUUCAUAAGCUAACUUUCAGUAACAUUCAGUAUUUCAAAACAAAAAGUGUAACUGUUGACCCAAACGAUCCCUAAAAAGGUCUAUUUUAAUUUUGUGAAUGUGAUGUCACUUCAAAGUUGUAGAUGUCUCGUUUUUAAGGAAAUCUUCCAAAUGCAAACCAAGUCCGUGCCAAUGGACAUCCCACUGAUACGUACAUUUCCAUGAUUGAUAGAAGAAGUAGCAUCAGUAUUGAACCAGGUUCGUUUUGGUGUAAUAGUGCCUCUCAUCAGUACCAGCAUGUGUGUGGUUACGCUAGGAUAUAUUUGUUGAAGCCCCAGUAUUAGAACUGAGAUUAGUCUUAGUGAUCUGUUACCAUUUUAAGUGUGAAGUUUAUCAGCUUUAAUUUAAAACGUUUAUAAUUUAUUUCCAUGUAAAACAUUUAUUGAAUGUAUCCAAACUGGCUUGUUUGAAGUGGUAAAAUAGCAGUGGACAUUUCCAGUGUUGGAGGUGCACAGUUCAGGAAUUUGUCAGGAUGAGUGUAAAAUUGUUGUGAAGCAAAGUACAUUUUUUAUUUGUCUCUUACUAGUCAAACUUAUAUGGCACUUGGAGAUUCAAUGUCAAUGGUGUUAUCCCAUUAUCAGAGUUCGGAAGGUUUUUCUACUUUGGAGUGCUAAUAAGCUUAAAUAAGUGUUUUGUUUUGGACUUUCUGAGUUUUGUUCAAACUUAAGAGGGUUUUUAUGGGAUUUUGUUUAAGUAACAACAACAAAUCUGUAAAUCAUCAGGGGUAGAGCCAAUUAGCCAUUAGCAGCCGGUCAUUUUUUAAUAUAUAUAAAAAAUGCAUUUUCAUUGUUUUCAGACCUGCCAUGAAUGUGGUUUGAACUUUCAUGACAAUCAGUCGUGUAGUAAUUUCCAAAAAUGUUAACCCUAACCCUAACCCUAUCCUCCCUGAGGGGGCUACAGUAUAUUAAAUAGCUCUACUAAAGAUAUAGCACCAAUAAUUGGAAAAAAGAAAAUGUUUGAAGCACUUGGCAACGUUUUUUUUAAUUAAUUAAGGUCCCUGGUGCAAUUGAUCAUUUAUUUCAUGGAUUUCACAGCCAAGCAGUAUAAAAAGAUGCUCGCCUGCUUGCAAGUCUUACUCAUACGAUUGACUAUUUCAAGCAGCCAAGAACUGCAUGCAUAGCUGAUACACAAGUGGGAAGUGGGAGCUCUUUGUACAGUAUACAGCAAAAAGGUAUUUCUGUAUCAUCACGUCCAAAUCAUAGCGGUUCAUAUUCUCACAGACUUCCAACAGAACUGUAUGCACUAUUUUUCAAAAUAUGUAGUGCACUGAACUGUUUUCACAUUUUUAUUAAACUCAGUGUCUUACAGUUAAAUCAAAUCUGUUUAUCUUACUAUUCAAAGUCAAGUAUUAAUUCAACUGAGAUUUGUAUUAUACAAACAAUGUUGUAUAGCGACUAACAUUGAAUGAUUUUGAUUUGUGAAUGCAUUUUUUUUUCCUUCAAAGAAAUCACUGUUAUUAAGCUAUAUCAUAUUUACACAAGAAGUCUGUAAUACUGCCAGUUAAAGACAUAAUGUGUAUAACACCUGUGCGCUUUGCAACAAACAGAAGAGAGAAGGAAUGUUAUAUUUUGGUACAUUUGAAAAGGAAGCACCUAUCACGAGACUGAUACAGUUAACUAUUUUGGGCAUCAAUUCUUUGUGUCACUUUUAGCUCAUUAUCCAAAUAUGAAUCAGAUUAACCAAUUGUUCUAAUAAAUGUUGUUGUGCGUCUUUAUGUACAAUCCAACGUUACUUAGGUUCAAAUUACCUGUUCAAUAUAUUCACAACCUUUGUAUGUGACAUUGCACAUCCUUCAUAAAAGUGUUGGGAAAUUACUGAGCAUUGAAAUGUUUUUGCAGUAAAAUAAUAACUAUACUACUAUAUAACUAUGUCCUGCAAAAACCUUGAAUCUCCUGACUGUGUUGAAUCAUAGGAAAGAACAGUGACACCUGUGAAAAAGUCAUAUUUUACAAAGAGUAUCAGGGCAGUUUUCAGAAGUCCAAGGUUCAUGAAACAUUUUUUUUAUGUGGAAACCAUGACUGCCUUUAAGGGCGAUACAAGGUUUCUGUAAGAUACACACCAAGGUUGUCAACCUAUUUUCAUGUAUAAUAUAUAACCAUCCAAUCGUAGCAUAUCUUGUGCUAAGAAAUCCUUGGCGAUGAGCAACCGUAGCUAUACAGACGUGAAGCUACUAUUGCUUUAGCAUUUUGUAAGUAAUUUGUUAAACUGACUUUCUUUUAAACUAAAAUGAAAACAAAUAUUUGACUGAUGUAGAGUCUAGUAGGCCAACCUAAAAAAGAAAAGAAGAAGCAUGUAUUUGCAAAAACUACUGCGGAGGUAAGUCGUCUGUAGAAUUUUCGUGCUUCAUAAAACUAUUUUUUCCCUGCUAAAUAAAUUCAGAUUCCGACCGGCUCUAUUGGCUGACCCUCAACACCACACCAGUUGGUAUCAUCAAAACAUGCAAGAGCCAAAAAAACUUGCUCUGUUUUAUAAUCUACACUUUAUAGGACUUUCUGUUUCAGUG